AUGAAUCCACUGGAUAUCCCUGAAGAGCUAAAUCGUGGCACAUGCAUAGCCCAGCUUCCAAACGGCGAUUUAUUCUGCUAUGGCAAGGAUCCAAGUUCAGGUAUUUCCUUGAUUAUUGAUAAAAAUUGUAAAAUUCAAAUGCUGCCUCCAGGAACUCCUUGUGCUUUUUCGUCAGCAGUCUAUUUUGAAAAACGUAUUUACUGCUUUGGAGGAUUAAGAUAUGGCCCCUUAACAUUAGCAGAAUGAUUUGAUUUAGAGAAACAAAAAUGAAUCAGCUUAAAAUCUAUACCAGAUGCUGACUUAAAUUGCCACUGCAUUGUGUAUAAUGGAGAGAUUUUAAUUGCUGGGAGCAUCAAUGCCAAUAUUUUAAGGUACUCAAUUAAUUAUGAUAAAUAUACCAAAAUUCACUUUAAAUUUGAACAAAGAAAAAGAAAAAUCCUGAUAAAUUUGGACAGACUGUAUUUAAUAGAAUUUGGUGGAUUUGUCUAUGAAAGCGAAAUCGCAAACCCAAAUAAAUGGAAUCAAAUAGGAAUGUCAAGAAUCAGCAACAAUCAUCCUGCUCAAGUGAAUUGCUCGUAUAAUAAAGGGGCAAUAUAUAUAGCUGUUGGUUUAUCGAAUGAAAGCUAUUAUAAAUUUGAUUUGAAUAAAAAAAAAUGGUUCAACUUAAAUAAAGAGAAAAUUAUACUUUAA